AUGUCUCAAGACAGUCAUAGAUCAGUCAGGUACAGAUCAUUCUUGACUUGCGAUGACCCGAAAGGUGUGGUUGAAUGUAGGACAAUCAGAAAAUCCAAGACUGAUAUCCCGAAAAUGGAGAUUAAGGUUGAAAGCCGAGGAAUGCAGAAGGAUUCGAGUACGCCUUCUUCAUUGAACCUGGAAAAAAGAAAGGACAAGGUCUCUAAUAAAGGGUCCACAGAAGAGUUACAUAACCCAUCUUCCUUCCAGCUCAUGGAGGUCUGUAGAGGAGCUCAGAAACUGAACCAAGUCAUAGAUUCAUGGUCUAAGAGGACAAGUUACGAGGAGAAGCCGAAAGAUAUUGCAAAAGACUUGUUGAAGGGAGCUCUUGAUCUACAGGAGUCUCUAAUCAUGCUUGGCAAGCUACAAGAAGCUUCUCAGUAUAUGGCUAAGUUGAAGAAAAAGCAAAAGGAAAAAGGUUCUGGAGGAACGGUUGAUGAAGUGGGUAUUGAAAGAACAAAUUCCAAUCGAAGAGCUGAUGCAGUGGGGAUUGAAAGAACUAAUUCCAAUCGAAGAGCUGAUGCAGUGGGGAUUGAAAGAACUAAUUCUGAUCGCCGAGAUGAAGUAAGGAUUGAAAGAAAUAAUUCCGAUCGCAGAGCUGAAGUGGGGAUUGAAAGAACUAAUUCCACUCGAUUCAGAGAUCGCAAUUACAUAAUGGAAUAUCAAGAACCAAGACUUUCUGUUGAUGGUUCUUCAAGGGAUUGCUAUGAAGAGCUUAGGAAAGCGAUUAGAGAUGGUCUUGCUAAACAAAAUCUGUUGCCAAAAGAUUCCUCAGAAGAAAAGGAAUUUGAUAGAAGAAAAUUGGAAACAUCGCCAGACAACCUGUACAUUAGCUCUAGCCAAUCCUCAAUGGAUCACUCCCAUGAGUUUACCUCAUCUGAUUGUUCAUCAUCAAAGGUUCAACAGGAGAAGCCAAAAGGCUCAAAUUUGAUUGCCAAGCUUAUGGGUCUGGAAGAAAUCCCCUCAAAACCAUUGCAAUCCACUUCCCAGAAACAGUUAGAGAGAGACAAUAUUUUGAGUCAGAGGCGACAGAUCUUUGACAUCGAUAAGCCAAAGGCAAGGAAGCCUCACUUUGUUGUUGAAAAGGUGGAUCCAAAGCGGAGGACAUUGGAAGAAAUAAUCGAAACUAUGCAAUUCAAAGGACUUUUGAAAAGUAAUUCUGCUAAUGGGUUAAAGCAUCAAACGCAUUGUUCAAAUAUCUCCGAUUUGAGAGAGUGGUUUGUGGAUGAUGCCCCACCCAUUGUACUCAUAAAACCUCUGAAUGUUCCAUGUCUAGAGGCAGAAGAGCCUCACACAGAUAAAUUUGCUCACGAUGAACGAGCAUUGGACACUGAAGAGAAGCUUACAAAAGGGAAAGCAAAACAAAAGUUUUCACCACAGACCAUCGACCAUUGGGAUAAAGCUUUGAAUUCCCAUGAGAUGCUAAUGAAACCGCAAGCAGGAAAAACUCCAAUCAAAAGGCUUAGCCAGGAAAAAGGAGGUACAAACCAUAAAGAUGUAAUUGCAAAACAGCAUGACAGAAAAGUCAAGACUAAGAAAGCGUUGUCUUCUACUGAGUUGAAAGCUUCUACUCCGGUGAGUUCCAAUCUUCAGAAGAAGGAACCGAAUGAGAAAAAAAUUGAUAAAAUCCAAAAAGCCGCACCUGGUGGAAGGAAACCUUUAGAACUGGAGAAUAUGAACUCUAAAGGUGUUUCUAAACAUCUUGAUCAAGGCAAAGUGACCUCUAUGAAAGUAAGGAGGCCCGAGAAUAGAUCCAACAUUUCAAAGAAUGGGACUCCACAGCAAAAAAAUGCUACUCCAAAUUCCACUGCAAAACGCAGAACAGCAACUGUAUCUCAUAACUCCUGCAAUCAGAAGAAGAAUGUGAAAAAUGAGAAGAAAGUCAGUGAGCCUUUCGAAACUAACGUUGAAAAUAUAGGAUGCCAUACUGAUGAAAUGCGGAUUGACCUUAAUUGUGAAAAUGAGUCUGAUAUGGUAGCUACCAACAAAACACCUGCAGUGCAGCUCCUUACUGACGAAGGGGCAGAUGCUUCUGAAACUCUUAACAAAGAAAAUUGUGGUAACAUCCAGAAUUCUCCUUGUGAGGCUGCCCUGCUGACCCCGCAACAUGAAAGCAACACAUUUACUGGCGAAGCUGACUGUUGCAUCACCCAACAUGAAACCGAGAAGAAAAGUGACCAAAGCAGGUCCAAUGAAAGAGAUUUACUUUUGAGCAGUGCUUCUUUCAUUAGUGAUGCAGAGGAGCUCUUUGAUAUCACUGUCUGUAAACCUUUAAUUUUCCCAGCUAGUUUACAGGAUUCUGAUAUCGCCAACACCAGAAACUUGUUGGACUGUGCUAAUGAGCUACUGGAACAUAAAAGCCUACAAUGCCCUCAAAUCAUUCAUCCAUUGUUACGAAAACCUAUCAAGAAUUCCAGAAUUUAUAUCUCCCUCGACCUGUUGGUGGAAGAGGUUUGUGAUGAGAUCGAGAGUCUGAGAGGCUAUAGUAUGCUUGCUGAAAAGAGGCUUCCUGUUGAUACUGUUAAUGUGGUGGUGGAAAGAGAUUUAUUGUGCAAGGCAGUGGUGAGUGGAGCAUGGGGUAUGGGCUGGAGGAAUGGUUUUACUUCAGAUGAAGUUGGACAAGUUGAGGUUGAAAUAGGGAAGCUAAUUAUAAGUGAGCUGAUUGAGGAGCUGCUUACAGAUUUUGUGCUUUAGCAUGUUGUACAUGUUUGGAUCUGUGGGUUUUAAAGGCUUAUCUUGCUAUUUCCUGUAAGUAUUUUCAUAACAUCUAUAAUUAACAGUGGAAGGAAGAGUCGAAAUUUUGAUUAUUGACUAGCAGUGGUUAAUCAUAUGUUGAAGAUUAUAUUAUUGAACAGUCUGACUAAUAUUUCAUUACGGUCAACAAACAGUAUGAGCUGCAAGGUACAUUGGUCAAUGUUUCACAAUUACCUUAUCCCGCAC